CCGGGUUUCCCGCCACGCCCCUGGAGUUCCGGCAAGAGGAGAGCGGAGGCGUCCGCGAUGUCGGGCGCGCGGAAACGGGGCGCGGGGCAUUCCCUCGCGGGCUUCAGGCGGGGCGCGGGGAAGGGUGAGGCCGACCCGUCCGCCAUACCCCAGGGCUUGAUUCGGGCGGCUAGGAAAAGCGGCCAGUUAAACCUGUCCGGCCGGGAGUUGACCGAAGUACCUCUACAUGUAUGGCGGAUAAAUUUGGAUACUCCAGAGGAGGCCUACCAAAAUCUCUCUUUCAGUGCUGCUGAUCGGUGGUGGGAGCAAACUGAUCUCAACAAACUGAUCUUAUCUUCCAACAAACUGCAGUGUCUUUCUGAUGAUGUCAAACUCUUAUCUGCCCUCACUGUGCUGGAUGUGCAUGAUAAUCAACUUACGUCUCUCCCUUCUGCUAUAGGAUCAUUAGAAAAUCUUCAGAAACUUAAUGUGAGUCAUAAUAAACUGAAAGAUAUACCAGAAGAACUUACUCAGCUAAAACACUUGAGGAGUCUGCUUUUGCAACACAAUGAAUUGUAUCACUUGCCUGAUGAAUUUGGACAGCUUGUCAGUUUGGAAGAGUUGGAUAUCUCUAAUAACCAUAUCUCUAGUAUCCCUACAAGUUUUGCUUUUCUUACAAAUGUGGUGCAUCUCAAUUUAGCUUCCAAUCAGUUAAAGAAUCUACCAGCAGAAAUCAGUGCAAUGAAAAGUUUAAGACAGCUUGACUGCACUAAGAACUUCCUGGAAACUAUACCUCCUGAAUUGGCCAGUAUGGUUUCAUUAGAACAACUUUAUCUAAGGAGAAAUAAAUUGUGUUACUUGCCAGAUUUUCCUUCAUGUACAUAUUUAAAGGAAUUGCAUAUUGGUGAAAAUCAGAUUGAAGUAUUAAGAGCUGAACAACUGAAAUAUCUGAGUUCCUUGUGUGUGUUGGAACUAAGGGAUAAUAAGUUGAAAUCAUUGCCUGAUGAAAUUACUCUGCUACAGGGGUUAGAGCGACUAGACUUAUCCAACAAUGAUAUUAGCAAUCUUCCUUGUAAGCUGGGAAACCUUUCUCAGCUGAAGUUCUUAGCACUGGAAGGAAAUCCUUUAAGAGCAAUCCGAAGGGAUGUUCUCCAAAAAGGAACACAAGAAAUCCUGAAAUACCUUAGAAGCAAAAUACAAGAUGAUGGAAUAAAUAACCCAAAUGGAGAAUUUCCCAUGACAGCAAUGACUUUGCCAAGUCAAUCCAAAAUUAAUAUGCAUGCUAUUACUGCACUGAAGACAUUAGAUUAUAGUGAGAAACAGGCCGCUGUAAUACCGGACGAAGUUCUGAAUGCAGUUGGAGACAAUCCAGUCAGUAAUGUAAACUUCAGCAAGAAUAAUCUGACUGACAUUCCAGCAAGAAUUGUGGAACUAAAAGAAUCUGUGAGUGAUAUCAAUUUUAGUUUCAAUAAGCUCUCUUCUGUUUCUGUGGAGCUCUUUAUGCUUCACAGACUGACACAUUUGGAUCUCAGAAAUAACAUUUUGACAUCUCUGCCAGAAGAAAUGGAAGCACUGGCAAAACUACAGAUAAUAAAUCUUGCCUUUAACAGAUUCAAAAUAUUUCCAAAUGUCCUCUAUCACAUCCCAACCCUUGAAGUAAUCCUCCUUGGAAAUAAUCAGAUUGGAUCCCUAGAUCCUCAGCAGUUAAAGAAGAUGGACAGGCUCAGUACUCUAGAUCUUCAAAAUAAUGAUCUCUUACAGAUUCCACCACAACUUGGGAAUUGUGUCAAUCUCAGAAUACUUUUACUGGAAGGUAAUCCUUUCCGGACUCCUCGAGCAGCUAUUCUUGCUAAGGGAACAGCUGCUGUGCUUGAAUAUCUGAGAAGCAGGAUUCCUACUUCAUCUGUUGCUGAUGAUGUGAACUAAAAAGUGUGCAACAUCUUUCUUUCUGAAGAAUGAAGAUCGCAGCGUUUGUUCCUGAGAAACAUAACUUGAAAAUGCAUAUGCUGGGAAGUUGCUUUUAAAGUUCUCAAAGGAUUUUACCCUACCUGCAAGCAACUCAGGCUAUCCUUGGGUACAUACUUGUAUGGCAUAAAUUUGGGUGAGUGGUAUAUGGCCCUGCCCAGCAAAAGGAAAUAGUUGCCUAUGGCCUCCUCCCCCUUCAACUUAAUAUAGUUGGUAUGAAUGUGUUCUAUUUUUAUGUUUGCUACCUUUUGAUCAUUCAGAAUUCUGUUUAUAUAUUUUAAGAGCACCAAAAAGGUGUUUGGUAUUCAUAUAUACAAUGUUAAGGCCUUGGCCUUAGGUCUAUUAUAAAAGUGUAAGCUAAAGAUUCAGUUGCCAUUGUUAUUUUGGUACAUGAAUGCAAUGUGUAUUUGAAAAUCAGAUUCAGUUUCAAAAAUAGCGUUUAUACACAUUUACAAAUGUGAAAAAUGUUUAUGGAACAAAUGUACAAUACAGAGUAUCACAAAUUUUAGGAAGCAGUACCGUAUCCACAGUCUUUGGGUCUGGUAGUCAUUUGGGAAUGACAUAGGCAUCAUUGCAAAAUGGUAAUCGCAAAUACUAGUUUUGUAGGAGGCAAACUGGGGAGGUUUUGUUCUGUUCUAUCCAUCUUUUCGUCAUUUUCCCCACAUAUACCUCAUUGUAAACACCCUCUACAAAUGCUUGCCUCGUUCUCUCUCCUCUCAUACGUUUUUUUUCUUAACUGGGAUGAUAAAUACACUUAUUUCAUUGCAGUGUCCUGCUUGGUUUGCUUUCAGAUUAUUUUAUUCUGAUAUACAGUCCCUAUCUGAGUGAGGGUUCCUGCCAAAUUCCAGUCAUGAAAUCUUAAGUAAAAGUUCAGUUAAUUGAUGAGUUCUACUGUUGAAACACCAGUGUUGAGACUGAGGUUUUAAUCCCUUGUAUAAUGCUAUCUGUUCAGUAAUAUGUGGAAUUUUUUAUUUGUUGGCUGCUGUACUUUGCUUCUGGGGACACUCUCCUUUCUCCUGCAAGAACCAAGGUGAUUGUGAAAGAUAGUCCUAACUGAAUACAAGAGAGCUGACUCUAGCUUCUACCUAUACACCACCACCCCUGCCUACCCCAAUCAGCUAUUCCAGCAGGGGGUGUAUUCUCCAAAGUCUUGAGGUUAGAUGCUGGCUAUUGAUAUACUAAAUGAAGGCUCAUUUUAGAGAAACAGAAAACGUGCCAAUUAGAAGUGAAGAGGGUGCUAUGGUAUCUUCUAGCUGUUUGCUUUUUCUGUAUAACAAAUGUUUUGGAGUUUUUAAAUAUGCUGGGAGAAAUUCUUACAGAUCAAAGAGGUGUUUCUAGGCAUUCAUUUUAAUCCAGCGCAAGUACUGUAUGCUUAAGUACUCCUGUGUGAGGCAGUAGACAUCGAUUAUUUUAGUGGCUGGGAAGAUAAGGAUAGCAUAAAGGAUAUACUAGUGCAUCAAGUGCUGUCGACUCCCCACCCAGCUGUGCCAGAUGCUUUCCACCCUAUAUGAGCAUUAGUUAGAACAGGAUCAUCAAUUCAAAAACCCCAGGAGAGCACAUAUUCUCUCUAUGGUGGCAGCUGCUGGAAAAGUAACCUUUAGGCUGCUCUUUUAUUUUCCAAACUGUACUUUGGAUAAACUUGGGAGUCCUAAAAAAAAUAAAAACUAAGUCUGUGAAACUGAGCACAAAUAAAACUUAAAAGUUCCAAUAAGAGACUUGCUGCUGAUUAUUGAUACUUGCUUUCUAUGAGUGAGCAAAAAUUAAAUAGUUGCAAUACAUUAUUCUGAAAAGCAGAAUGUUUACAAUAAGGUGACUUUAUUUAUACAAUAGACUUUUUAAUAUAUUAUUCAAAACACUUUUUUUAAAUACUGAAAAAAUUUGAGUACAUCAAAGCCGAAAAUGGCUCUGCUAUACGCCGCACAGCAUUGUUUGAGUCCCUGUAUUCUUUUUAUGUACAUAAAGCAUUGCAAAAUGCAUUCUAGACACAAUAUACACCUUACCAGUUAGUGUCAAUACGCAAAGUAAAAUGGAAAAGAUACUAUCUGUAUGUGCAAAUUAAAGAUAAUUGAUUUCACUGAAUCAAUUCAUUUAAAAUAUAGCUUUAAAGUACUUUUUCACAUAAAAUGAAGCAGCUUUCAAGUUCAGUAAAUCUGUAUACUGCAAAACAUAGAAUUACAUUCACAAUCUAUGUUCAUAAAGUAGUAAAUGAUUCUUCAUUCAGCCUUAUUUACAAUGAUACUGUAAUUAAACUGAAAAGUAUUUUGUCAUAUAGCAAUCUUUGUAACACAUACAAAAAUGACAGUUCUGUAUAUAAUUUAAGCUCAAAAUCACAAUUGUUUCAAAAUAUUAAUUACAAUACCGCUAUCUCUAUAAUUAAACGUGUUUUAUAAAAUGGUAAAAUUUGUAAUAAA